CCUUGCGUUUGCAUGUUUCCUUUUGAAUGUGAGCCCACGGAGACGCUCCACAUCUGACACUGUCUCCUCCAGCUGUAGCGCCCGUGUUGAGUGUGUGUGGGGGUCACACUGAAUGACAGGAAGAGACAGAGAGGGAGAGAGAGCGGACAGGCUCAUAAAGAACAUCUCUGGGGCAACAGAUCUGGUUUGCUCAGCUGAAAGACCAAACACAACGGGAUGGACUUCUGCACGACGUGAACAGGAGCGAGGGAAAGCUCCCUCACACAUUAAAAAGCCAGGAUGUCUGGGAUGGACGUCCCAUUGGUGGACCACAAUGAGACUGGAAUCUCUCCAAUAGACAAUGGGACCUUUCUCCGCUUCUCCCCAACCUCUGCCUCCACGUCAGCGGCCGCCUCAUCACCAGGACGUCCGGGCAAUGUUUACGUUUACGUGUGGCUCUUCCUCGGCCUGCUGGUGUUCCUGCUGACGCUGCUCAUCAUCUCCCUCCACAGGCUGAAGAACAUCAUCUCCUCCUCCUCCUCCGUCCCCGACUGCAGCAGCGAAGGAGGGAGCUCCUUCACGAACAUGGAGAUCUGUAGCAUCUCGUCUCAGAGGUCCACCAUCUCCUCGCUGUCCACCUGA